AUGUCAUCGUUAUCGUUUCUUUUCGUACUCCUACUAGUGUAUACUAUAUCAGCUGACGCUGUCAACGAAAUCCAAGGAACCAAUGAAGACGAGAACGCAAUAGAUAUCAACGAGGAAAAACGAGUGCAUUCUAGAAAUCCCUACUCAUGGAUGAGUCAAGAGAAACGUGCACGAAAUCCCUACUCCUGGAUGGUCAGUGAAGGGAAAAGAUCACGAAAUCCAUACAGUUGGAUGGCUAUGGAAAAGGACAAACGUGCGCUUCAUUUUUCCGAUGACGUGUAUCGUCAACCAAGAAAUCCAUAUUCAUGGCUGUACACAAUGUUCGACAAACGUGCACGUAAUCCAUACAGUUGGAUGAACGUAUGA